UUGCGCGGCCGCUUGUAUGCCGCUAGCGAAAUGAGGCCCAGAGGAGUUCCAAUCCUCGUACGGCAACGAGGGCAAGACUCAUUACGACGCUAUCCCAUGCCCGAGACAGCCUUGGACUCCGCGAGAAUCCAACCCUACGUCCACGACGUGGUGAUUCACUUCCGUUAUAGGGGCCAGCAGCGUCGUUUCUUGCUAUUUUUCAACCGGCAUAAACGGCUACCCAUCAACCUCGCCCUGCCGCGCGGUUGCCGCCGAGGAUAUAAGGGCGAUGUUAUCGUA